UCGCUGAAAAAAAUCCAACAUAUGAUCAUUUCCAAUCGUUCCAAAUGGAUUGGAUCUUCCAUUGUCUAUUGAAUCGUUUGUCUCAAUUCGAUAAUAUUAAUAUUAUUAGACUUCCUGUUUUAUGAUAUAAUCGGUGACAUUGAUUCAAUUGCAUUUUUUAUAUAUGUGUUUUAUGUCAUUGUACACGAUUUCAUGAACCGGUUGGCUUUGCCAAUGUGGCAAAAUUAUCUAUAUAUUUAUAUUGUGCGUGUAAAAAAAACACACCGAUCCAUUGCCAUUUCCUUCAUGUUACCAAAGUUACUCAAAGAUUGAUAUAUUAAUUUAGUUUUUUCUUUCUUUCUUUCUGUGUUGAAUUUUUUUUGUUUGUUCCACCAACAAACACUAACGAUAACUGUUGAUUCGAAUCGAAUGUGUUACGAUUUGAAAAAAAAGUAAAGAGCAAAUACUAAAUUGAUUUUUUUUGUUAUUCUGAAUCAUUUCUGCCAACAACAACUAUAGUAUACAUCAUCGAAUUGGAAUUGAUCAGUUCUUUGCAACGAUGAAAACGAAUAAAAAUAUAACAUUUAUCGUAUUAUUCAUCACAACAUUAAUAAACAAUUUAAAUUUUUGCCAUGCCUUUCUGGAAGGAUUAUAUUGUGGCCAAGAUAAUUGUUAUGAUGUGCUUAAAGUGACACGUGAAACCAGUAAAGAGGAAAUUUCACGAUCAUAUCGUUCAUUAGCCCGUAAAUGGCAUCCAGAUUUACAUCGUGGUGAAGAAGCUAAAGCCAUUGCAACCAAACAAUUUCAAUUGAUUGCUCAGGCCUAUGAAGUGUUACGUGAUGAUGAAUCACGUAAAGAUUAUGAUUAUAUGUUGGAUAAUCCUGAAGAAUAUUAUCAUCAUUAUUAUCGAUAUUAUCGUCGUGUUUAUGCACCAAAAGUUGAUGUACGAAUCGUAAUUGUUGUGACUAUUACACUGAUAUCUAUUUAUCAAUAUUAUGGAUCUAAUUCACGUUACAAAGAAGCUAUCGAUUAUUUUGUCACUGUGCCCAAAUAUCGUAUUCAAGCCAAAGAUAUAGCCAUCGAUGAAGGUAUAUGGCCAACAGUAACAUCAACAUCUGAUGGCAAAAGUCGUGUAAAACAAAGAGGAUCGGGUAAUAAACAAAAACUUAAAGAAGAAUUGAAACAAGAAGAAGAAGCAUGUAUACGUAAGGUGAUCGAAGAUAAAAUGAAUAUUAAAGGUGCAUAUUCGAAACCAUCAUACAAAGAUAUCCUAUGGGUGCAGUUGUUUCUCAUUCCAGUAUUUAUUGCCCAAUACAUUUAUUGGCAUGCCAGAUGGAUAUAUAAAUUUGAUAUUAAAAAAGAGCCAUUAGGUGAAGAGGAAAAACAUUAUAUCAUGCGAAAGUUUAUGAAUCUUUCGGAAUUCCAGUGGGCACAAAAAGAUCAAUAUGAAAUCGAUGAAUAUAUGCGCGAAGAAUUAUGGAUCAGGGAAAAUUUUGAACCAUGGAAAAAGAAAAAAGAUGAUGAUGUCCGUGCAAAAUUGGCUGAAAAUUCUGCUUACAAACGAUAUCGUAGAUAUAUGCGUAAAGGUGGUCCAGGUCAAAUAACAUUUUUGGAUGAUUAAUAUAAUAGAAAAUUAUUCAUUUUCUUUUUUUUGUAAAUACAAAUUGCCUAUCAUUUUGUUAUUUUAUAGAUUCUUUUCAA